AUGCAAUAUAAACGUAUCUAUAGAAGAGCUAUUAAUGACCAAGCGCACCUAGGAGUCUAUUUUUACGAUAAGAUUGAUUUUUUAGCCAAUAUUGCUCGUGUACGUGCUGAGGCUCUUACUCCACGAGUUAUCCGGAACGGAUUUUCUGCGCGUGGGCUUUGGCCUCUUGAUCCAGAGCUAAUUGUUGGUCCUUUGAUUCAAAAAUCUGAUCUUCAAGAAGGGCAGGAGUUGCAAAUUUAUAAUGGCACCGAGGAGCCCGAUAUUGCGAGUUCACCUACAAAUGCUUCAUUUUCUCCGCCAACUACUGCGUACAAGCUUCAAAGAUCAAUUAAGAAGGUUGACACCCAGCUAAAUGAGAUAUCUGAUGCAAUUCCUGGUAUCCGGAGGAGUCUAAAAAAGAUUUUCGACGGCAGCCUUACGCAGGCCGAUAUCAAAGAUCAACAACAGGCUCAAAUUGAGCGCCUCCAAACGCUCAAUGCACGCAAAUCCGCUAAAAAAAGCAAGCGCCAGGUGCAGGUUGGGGGCAUCCUCACCGUAAAAGAUGCGAAUAGAGCCAUUAAAAAGCGUGCUACAGCUGAAGAAAAGAAGGCUGAGAGAAAGAGGCUUAAAGCGCUCCGGGAGGCACCUUUGGGAUCACUGCCUCCCCCGCUUACAGCAAGUGACGAGGCGGCAAUUGAUCGUAAUAUUAUAUUGAAUUUGGUUGAGCAGGUUUACCCAAGGCGCUCAGAUCCAAAUUUAAUUCAUUGGGUUGAGGAGAAUAUAUAA